CGUGAUCUGUGUAUGUUUUGCGUUCCGAUUCUGAUCAUCUGUGUCUGGCGAGCUGUUUGCGAAGAAACGAAAUUAUGUCUCAAUUAUCACGAUAAAAACAACAACACAAUUUUAUCGGAGGAAAUCAUUCACACGCAGGUUUGCCAGGGAGCGGUGAAAAUUUGAGGCAAAAUUGUAGAAGCGAUUAAUUAAUAAACAUGGAGUCUGGAGCCGAGGAGCAUUUGGCUGCUGAAAUUGAGAGAGUCGAGGAUGUCAACGUCACUAGUGGGGAAGAAGCCCUGGACGAAACGUUGGAAUUGAAAAACGAUUUUGUUUUUCAGGAUUCAGUCAAUGCUGCUGUGGUGGCAAAAUAUGAGAAAGAAUGGUUAAUGUUGCGAAAAGAUGCCUGCGAGGACGAGUUGGGCGAGUUGCGUCGAAGGGCCCUGAUCGGAAACCUGAGGUCCUCAAGGUUUCGGAGUGUGAGUUGGCGGCUGAUGCUGCGGCUGCUGCCACCAUGUCCAGAAGCGUGGUCGUCUGUUCUGCUGGCCCAAAGGGAACACUACGGCAGACUCUCCGAAGUCCACCACGUCACCCCCAUCAACCCCUUGACGGGCGAAGACAACCCUCUGAGUCAGGACGACAGCAGCACCUGGCACAAGUUCUUCUGCAACAAGGAGCUGCAGGCUGUGAUCAGACAGGACGUGGUGCGCACCUUCCCUGGCAUCGACUUCUUCAGGGAAAAGUCCAUCCAGGAAAAAAUGGUCGCCAUCCUCUUUUGCUACGCCAGGACCAACCCUGACAUGUGCUACCGACAGGGCAUGCAUGAAAUCCUGGCCCCCCUGUUGUUUGUCCUACACUCUGACCACCAAGCACUGAUGCAUGCCAGAGAACAUGCCCCCGUCAUGAGCGAAAUCAUUCAGGUCCUCGACCCUCAAAAUCUAGAAGCAGACGCCUAUACUCUUUUCUGCCGAAUUAUGAGUGCAAUUGAAUCCAGCUACAGAAUCAGCAACGUCGCUCCGUCCAGCACUGGACAUUUUCCUUAUGAAACUUGCAAAGAGGUCCUGUCGAAGCGAAGAGAUAGCAAACAUGACAAUGAACUGCUCGCACAAUUAAACUACAUUCACGACAACAUUCUGGUUCCAAAGGAUCCUGAGUUGGCAAAUCAUCUGGUCAAAUUAGACAUUCCAUUAACUCUCUUUGGAAUUCGUUGGUUGCGACUCCUGUUUGGCCGAGAGUUCCCUCUGCAAGAUUUGCUUGUGCUCUGGGAUGCCAUUUUUGCCGAAUUCAACGGGAGCAAAUUUGAACUGGUUGAUUUCAUCGUGGUAGCAAUGUUAAUAGCAAUCAAGCAUCAAUUGAUGGCUGGAGACAAUACCGUUUGCCUUACUUUGCUCAUGAGAUACCCAGGAGCUGUGGAUAUUACUAAUAUCAUUGAACAUUCCCUGUAUCUGAAGGAGCCGGACAAAUACUGCCUCCCAGCAACCACUAGUUUCCAAAACUUGCCUGUGAUUACAAUCGGUGGCCAGACGAAUCUAAAUAGAGGCCCUGUAAAUGUUAAACAAGCAAACAACACUCAAUCUAAGGCACCUAAAGCGCCUGUCUGUGAUCCCCAAACAUCUAAUGAUAAAAAAGGCAAAACUGCCAAAAAAAGUAACUCGCUAUCAAUCAAAAGGUUUGGAAAAAUUUCUGGAGGCAGGUGGGGUAAACAGCCAGUCGCCUCGGACGCCAACGCUGACAAUAGUAUUGUUGAAGGAUUCCCUCCGAAUGAUCCUGUUUUGGUGAUGACUGAACUUAACAGAGCUGUCCAACUAAUUAAGGAUAGUCAAGUGCAGUUGAACCACCACUUGGCCAUCCUCGAUUCAAUCAACAUCAGCGCCGAAAACCAUAUCAAACAUGCUUUAGAAGGAAUCAAAGAGGUUUCCGAGAAGCUUCGAAGCUUCCAGUGUUUGGUUCUGGAAGUAGAGCCAGCAACAGAAGCUGGGGAGGUCAAGCCUGUCGUUCAACAAGUUGUUCCGAGCAAAUCAAAACAAAAACAAGUGCCAGCCACUCCGUCCCCUUCUAGUGAUUUAAAUGUGAAUUUGAAAGUAUUUUCCAUGUCCGAAGGAGACAGCACCAAAGUCGUUGGUGCGCCUCUAGAAGACCCUUUCAAUGUCAAACGGUGAUUUCUACACUUCUGGAAUUUUAUAAUUUGAAUAUGCAAAUAAUUUUUUAAGACAAUAAAAACAUCUAUUGCAUUCAAAAAGAGGA